AUGAAGCCUUGUCCAACCCUUGCAGUACCUGGCACCUCCCUGUCCUUGAGCAUUGGAACACCCCUCCAUGACCCAUUUCUAUAUCGUAGCACGGUUGGUGCUCUCCAAUACCACACUAAUACAAGAUCGGACAUUGCCUUUAUUGUUAAUAAGCUUAGCUAUAUCCUCAAAGCUUCUACUAAUAUUCACUGGUCAAUUGUCGAACGUGAGCUUAGAUAUCUUGCAGGGACUCUCCACUUUGGCCUAACCACCAACUGUGAUACUUACCUUAAUUUAACAGCCUAUUCUGAAGCAGAUUGGGCCUCAAGUAUUGAUGAUAAAAAAUCUACAGCUGCUUAUUGCCUCUAUCUUCAAUCGACUCUCAUUUCUUGGUCAUUUAAGAAACAAAUGACAGUGGCUCGCUCCAGUACUGAGUCCGAGUAUCGAGCUAUUACUCAUGCUGCAACCAAGAUCAUUUGGGUGAAAAAUCUGUUAACUGAGAUUGGAUUCUCUCCAAAGGGUAUACUUGUUCUUUGGUGUGACAACAUGGGUGCAGGUGCCUCAGUUGCCAACCCUAUCUUAUGCAAUGAAUUUUCUUAUUUGUUUUUUUAA